GGUAAUAUGAACCAGAUGUCAGAGCCAUUGGUGACACCUUUAAUAGGGAAGAUAUAGACAUGAUGGUGCUAAGGUGAAGCUACUCCUGGCUGGCUUUAGGAUUCUUACUUCUGGAUUUUAAAGUCUUCUCUUUAAAAAAUAAAUAAAUAAAUAAAUAAAAAACAUCGGACGGAUAAAAGAUGUGCCAUGGCAGGAUAGCACCAAAGAGCAACUCAGCGUUUGUUGUGACCUCUGUGGGGCAUGGAGUGUUUCUUCAACUGGUGAUCCUUAGCACCCUGCUUGGAGAUGGAUUAACCUCUGUGUGUCCUCUGCCUCCAGAGCCAGAAAAUGGUGGCUACAUUUGCCACCCCCGGCCCUGCAAAGACCCGCUGACAGCAGGCAGUGUCAUCGAGUACCUAUGUGCAGAAGGCUACAUGUUGAAGGGCGACUACAAAUACCUGACCUGCAAGGAUGGUGAGUGGAAGCCAGCCAUGGAGGUCAGCUGUCAUCUCAAUGAAGAUAAAGAAACUCAUACGUCACUCGGGGUCCCUGCGCUGUCCAUAGUGGCUUCCACUGCCAGCUCUGUGGCACUCAUUCUUCUCCUCGUGGUGCUGUUUGUACUGCUGCAGCCAAAGCUGAAGUCUUUUCAUCAUAACAGGCGUGACCAAGGGGUUUCUGGGGACCAAGUCUCCAUCAUGGUGGAUGGGGUCCAGGUUGCACUACCUUCAUACGAAGAAGCCGUGUAUGGCAGUUCUGGUCAUUGCAUGCCACCGGCUGACCCUAGAGUACAGAUCGUUCUGUCAGAAGGGUCUGCACCUAGUGGGAGGAACGUGCCAAGGGAACAGCAGCUUCAGGGCCAGGGGGCCUGCUCUUCUGCAGGUGGAGAGGAUGAGGCUCCGGGCCAUUCUGGGCUGUGUGAAGCCUGGGGUUCCCAGGGCUCAGAGACUGUGAUGGUGCACCAAGCAACCACAUCUUCCUGGGUGGCCGGCUCAGGGAGCAGCCGGCCAACACACAAAGACGCUGCAGAUUCGGAGAACAGUGACAUACAAAGCCUUUUAUCCCUCACAUCAGAGGAGUACACAGAUGAUAUCCCACUGUUGAAAGAAGCAUGAGGGCUGCCACUGGCUUCUCUCCUCUCUGCCCGUCCUCUCUCCUCCUGUGGGUUUGAGUACCAUGUCCUCUCCAGUUGUCCCGCCUGGAUGCCUGAGCUGCCACCUGUGUAUCUAUGUGUACCUGAGGGCCUGCAGGCCAUCCCGCUGGAUACUCAUGGAAGAUUCUCACCAUCUGCCCACUGAACAGCUGGAGGACCUGGCUCUUUGCCUGGCCCAGCCUUCCCAUCUGUCAGGGACAUGUCUGAAUGUGCUGGAUUGAACCCUCCCUUUCCCGAGCCACUGGAUCCCUUCCAGCUAGCUCUCUGGUGGCAACCCCACAGCCAUGAGGGCCUGAGCACUGCUGUGUUUACUUGUGCCUUCCCCCACCCUGUCCAGGUUCCCCGAUAUGCAGGUGGGUUGCUGUCCACAGGCCUUAGUGGCUAUUGCCACCUGUACACGGGCUGGGACUGGGGCUGCAGAAACAGAUUGAACAGUAAGGCCCUUAAAGCAGGAGUGACUCUUAUUGGGGCCAGAAUAUGGGUCCCUGAGCUUGCCCUGUGUGUUGACACUGAUGGCAUCUUCCUUAACUGAGAGUAGGUUUGGGAAGUCAUGCCAAACCUGCCCAGCACUCAGCCGUCCAACUUGGGUGCAAGUUCCUGGCUCUUGAGUUUCCAAGAAGCACCCAGAAGACCUGCGGGAGGGAAGAAGGUUGUCAGAUAAUGAUUGUCUUCCUAAUAUGCAAGUUCUCACUUCCUGCUUCCAGCAUUGACUGCUUUGGCCUUGGUUUCUGUUCCUGGAUAAGGGGAAGUUGCAUGCUGUCUCCUGGACUUCGUCCUAGGUAGCUCUGGCUUCCUUGCAGCCCACAGAACCCUGAGAUUUGCUGAGAUGCCAACAAAAGCUCAUCUGGGUUUUGGCAGUCUGGGCAAGUUGCCCAUUUCUAGGUUUGUGGUGAUGGAGGGGAGGUUGAGAGGUACAGACCAAGUCCCCUGUGGCUGCAGGCAGCUCAGGCCAGGUCCCGAGGAUCCUCCUCACCACAGUCAUGUGCCUUAGUAACUAUGCCCAGAAAGUGGCCUGCUGUGUUGCUGCUUCUCCUACUCUGCUCUCUUCUCCAAGCCCUUACACAUGUCAUUGCUGACAAGUCACUCUGUCUUUCCUGCAGAGCUAAGAAAUGCUUCCCGGCACCCCUGGCUUUACCAGCUGGUGUGGGUUGGUGGGUACCCAGAAGCAUGAGAUUUAGGCCCUGGGAGUGCGAAAGUGCUGGCAUCAAAGGGGUACUCUGGGCAUUGUGCUGGGCCCUCCUAUGGCACCGAAUGCCUGGGUAGCUGAAGCCCACCAGGCUUCUAUCAUCUUGAGAAGACAGAUGUGGUAUUAAGGAAUGUGUGCUUCUCCCCCCCCCCCCCCUUCAUUCUUUUCCUCAAGGCUGGGACAUGUCAGCCAAUUCUGGACUGCACCUAUGAUAUUUCUCCCUGAGCCUCUCUGGGGUGGUAAAAAUAAUAAAAUCCCAGGUAUUUAUAGUUCCUGACCUAACAGGGUUAGCUGCAGGCAUCAGUGGCCUCAGAUAGGGGAAUGACGUCCUCUAGCCCACUGCCUCCACUUACAAUGCACUUUAGUCCCUGUCAUGCCUGGCUUCCUGCCACCCUGUCUUCUUUCCUCUCAGGGUUAGGGCAGUGCCUGCUUCCCUGUUGGCCACUCCCACAUCUCCCACCCAGGAGGCCAGUCUAUUGUGCCCAGUGUCCAGGCAAGUGUGGUUGGCUCGGAAUGGCUGGAGAAGGUGCUAGAACAAGACUAAAGCCCAGUGGAGACAGUACACACCUCUUAGCAGUUGCUGUCAUAUACCACCUGGGGGUUGGGUUCUGAGGCCCCAAGUUAUCGCACAAGGACUCUUCUUUAUCCUCAGUGGUGCCCUCCCUCCUCAAGAGAGAAGUGGGGCAGAUGGGCAGGAGUCUGCUGAAGGAGCCUUCCUCUUCUAAAAAUCUGAAUUCUGCUCUAGGAGCUUUUAAGAGAAAAAUGGAAGAUCCUUCCCUUUUCUGUGUCUUUACUCUGGGUUUUUGCCCCUUAACAGAUUGCACCUUUUGUUUUGAAGUUAUUUAGCCACAUAGAAGACUGGCUUGACCCUUGGAUAAAAGAACCUCCUGGUGCCUCCUUCCCUCUCCCCAUCCAUUAACAUGCUCUCUGGGGAUCACAAGCCCGGGCUCAUCUAACUGGAGGACAAAAGGGUCAUGUUCUCCAUCCUCCUGAAACUAGUUUUGAGGUCUGUUCUUGGAGUUUCCCACCUACUGCUGCUGGCAUCUUCAACUUCUUCCUGUGUUUCUCUUUCUAAAGUGAUUUCUUAACUAUCAGCCAUGUGCUGUGGCUUUGGGGGCAUCUGGACUUUGUCCCAUACAGAGGGACUGGGGGACUUAAUUGCCUUGAGGUGGAGCCUGGGUAGAAACAGGGUCAGUGGCAGGUGCCAGGCUGUUGGGUAGAAAGAUGCUUAGAGCAAGUGGGAAGGAGUUUUGCUGCCUACUUAACUGGGUUUACCUCCAGGGGCAUCCUGCAGACUUGUCCAGAAGAGACAGUCGGCACCAAAGGACUUUUACACAGAGUUUUGGUUUUUUUGUUUGUUUUGGUUUGGGGGAUGCUUUUGCUUUUUCAUACUUGUGCUGUCUCAAUGCAGGUUUUAUAUCCUGGUGACAGUCUUACCAAUUUUCAAGGGCCAGAAUGGUGAAAUGAAUAAAAUAGAAAUUCCGUCCCUCUAUGCCUUAGUUAAACAGGUAGGCUUUAUCUGCCCAGUUCUGUAUUUUGUGUGCCGUUUCUGUAUUCCUGUUUCACUGAGUGAGAACUGUGAAGUGGGUGGAGUCCUGACCACUUUGUGGAUUUGUUUGCUUUUAUAAGGCAUUUCAGUGUACAUUCUACAAGCACUCCAUUUGCAAAGAGAACUUAGUCUUCCCCAUUCAUCUUGCCCUCUUCCCCACCCCCAGCUUUACAGUUCUGUAGAGAAGCCAGGCUACAAGACAAAGGUAUACUUUUCCUGCUUUGUGAGUGGCUGAAUGGGGAUAGAUGGCGCCUUUUUCUUCCCAAACCCAUCAGAGCUCCUGAAACACUUGGCUUCCUACGUAACAUUGUCUCCUCUGUUCCUGAGGAACAUUCCAGAAUAGAAAAUGGAAUAUGUUGCAGACAUUUCUAGAUUCUUGUUCCCUUCCUCCUCCUUAAAGACCAAAGAGAGGCUUUAGAAGGGACUCGUAGCAUGCCUACUGCACAGCUUGAUGGCAGGUAUGCCUGUGCCUGACAGUAUGGCUGGAGCCGCCUCUUGUGGGGCCUGCUGGGUCUUCUGCAGCCUUUAGAGAAUAUUUUCUUGGCAGAUGUUUAGGCUGAGUGAUGUGGUAGCUGGUUCCCUGGAAAGCCAAAAGUGGUGGGGCUAGUUUUUCUAAGAUGUGACUUCAUUUCCAGCUGAAAACCUAGUAGAGUUUUGAACAAAGAGUUCACACACACACACACACACACACACACACACACACACAAAGAAAACCCUCUUCUAAUAGCAGAGCUCACCAGGGAGGAUGUGGGGAUAGAACACUUAGAUUGCCAAGUAGGGAGAGGAAAUGGCUGUGGGCUGCAUGGCUGUAUGCACACUGUCCUGGCUUCUUAAGGUUGUGCACCACUAUGGGAUCCUUUGCAGAAUGGUACUCAUAUAAUGGUUUAAAACAACACAUGCAUAAUUGACUGUGCAGGAUGUCAAUCAAUCUGGGUUUGCUUUAUUUUAUUUUUUAUAUAUAUUUUUUGGUAUCCUGUACAUUGCAGUGGGUAUGAAGAUAGUAUUUUAAUAUUUGUACAAAGUUUAAUUUAAUUUUAAUUGUUCUAUGUAUAUAACUGCAUUUCUAAAUAAUAAUAAAAGUUCUUAUGAAGGCA